GUGGGCACAGUAUAUUUCCUGGGCGCCUCCCAGCAGCCUUACGGAAAGUGGCGCGCCGGACAGCGCAGUCGCAGCAGAACAGGCGCAGACAUAGCGGCAGCCAUGGCAGACGAGAAACCCAAGGAGGGAGUGAAGACGGAGAACAAUGAGCACAUCAAUCUGAAGGUGGCAGGCCAGGAUGGCUCAGUGGUGCAGUUCAAGAUCAAAAGGCACACUCCUCUCAGCAAACUGAUGAAAGCUUACUGUGAACGACAGGGGCUGGCAAUGAGGCAAAUACGAUUUCGAUUUGAUGGUCAGCCUAUCAAUGAAACAGACACGCCCUCACAGCUAGAAAUGGAGGAUGAAGAUACGAUUGAUGUGUUCCAACAACAAACCGGAGGCUUCUCUCUUUAAAGACUGUUUCCUACGAACAUCCCUACCUCCCCUUUUCAUCCCUGAACAUGUUUAUUAAGCCCAGACUUCAAAUGCCAGACUUCAAAUGCCAGUGUUGAUGCCAUCCAGUGGAAUACUUUUUCAAAAUGCUGGAAGACAGCAGCACAGUUGGUGUAGAUAGGUUUCAUCAAGCUGUCAUUCACAUGUUAACAUUUCUGAACUGCACAGUGUCGACAACUCGUGUGCUGCAGUAUGUCUAAUGUGCCGAAGAAAUUAAUAGCUUCUUGUGGGGUUUUUUUUCUUUGUAGAAGUUCUGGAAAAAUAAAUUUCUUGGUCCUUGUUUUUGUUUUUAUACUUCUGUCAUUGAGGUUUUGAUUCAGAUGGAAUUUUGUUAUUGUUGUCAAGUAAGCCUGCAUUUUAAUUGACAUCUGCUAUGAAAAUGUAGUAUUGGAAUAAAUUGAGUUUUUUUUAAUACAU